AUGGAGUUCACACUUGAACCAAAGGAGGCUGGUGAGGGCAAGAAGAGGAAAGAGAGGGUCAAGAAGACCAUUUCCAGAGUCAUUGGGAGAUCCUCUAUGAUAAGAGAUCCAGGUGAAGAUGAAGAAGAGGAAGAGGAUGAUGCACCAGCAUCAAAGUCUCAAAAGCUGAUGGGGGAUGCCAUCAAGUCUGGGGCUGCCCCUUCAAAGCCCAAGACUGCCCCCAAAGCUUCUGCUCCAGCUCCAAAGACUUCAGAGCCCAAGAGGAGCACAAGGAACAUUCCAACUGCUGAAAAGAACAAGGCCCCAGUGCCUGAGAUUGAUGAAGAAGAAGAUGUUGAAGCCCAAGUGCUUAGGAAGCUCAAACCUAAGAUUCCAGAUCAUGAUGACAGUCAUCCAGUGGCCGAAGACAUGAACAUCAGGAAGGAUGCAGGUCUUAGACUUUGGAGACAAACUGAUCCAUAUGCUGUGAGGAGAAGGACUGCUGUGGACUACAGGUUCCAUACCAAGGAGCAACAGGAUUUCUAUGAGGCCAUCUUGCUUGACAAUAAGCCCAUUGUUUGUGAUAUGAAGUGGGCAGAUUGGAAAUACAUUGAUGAGAAUGAAGAUCAUUUUCCAGGAGUGCAUGAGAGCUUUAGGCUAUGUGGAGUGGGCAAGUUUGUGGGUCAGAAGCUGACCAAGUGGAAUGAUGAAGUCAUCAUGCAAUUCUACUCCAUAGCACACUUCUAUCCUGAUGGUAGAAUUGUUUGGAUGUCUGAGGUGCCAAGAGGCAAACUAUUGGGCUUCUUGGUUUCUGACAGAGGCAUUGAGGCUAACCCGGAGAAGAUCAAGGCUAUCACCUCCCUAGCUAAGCCGGCAUGUAUAAAUGAUGUUCAGCGUUUGGCGGGUCGCAUCGCUGCUUUAAGCCGGUUCAUAAGCCGUUUGGGUGAGAAGGCUAUGCCUCUAUAUCAGUUGAUGAAGAAGACCGAUAACUUUAUCUGGAAUGAUGCAGCUAAUACCGCUUUUGAGGAUUUGAAAAAGCAACUGGCAGAGCCCUCCGUCCUUGCUGCUCCGAUUGAUAAGGAGCCCUUGCUACUAUAUGUAGCGGCAAAUGCACGAGCUGUCAGCGUGGCUAUUGUUGUGGAGCGCAAGGAGGCGGGUAAG